AUGCUCGCACGAGCGAGAUCAUGGCUACGGCUCCUCCCAUUGUUGACAUAUCAGGUCUACGCCAGACCAACUACAACCGAUGAGCUUACAAGCGUGACUCCAGAGGCUUCGCGGUCCCAGGAGCUUCCGCUCGAUGCCCGACAAGUCGCCUUCACCGAAGUUACGCUGACUUCUACGGGCUACUACAUCUGGCAAACAACCGACAACCAUCACCACGGAGAGCACGGCAUGGGACCUCGAGACACAGCUCACAACGUUCACCGCAGCGGGAGAGACGAGCACAGUCACAACAACUGUCACCACCACUGCCCCCCGCCAGGCCAGACUGGCGCGAAGCUUGCAACCAAGAGCCAGCCCACCACCCACAAGAGCCAAGAGAAGAGACAUCAAUACCACGACCUUGAUGAUCUAGAGAUCGCUCCACCCGCCCCGCGCCAGGCGACAACCGUGACAGAGUUCAUCGCGACACGCUUCAUUGUGGUGUCGACGACGACGACGCGCUCCGUCACCAUCGUCACGCUGACCAGCACGAACCUCGGAAUAGUCACCCUGCCAUCCACGGUCGUCGAAACCGUGCUCAAGACAGCACGUUCGGCCGUACUCGUCACGAGCACACAUACCGUCACUAUCACGGGUACACCUGGCGUUGGUGGUUUUGCGGGCGCCGGAUCCAGUGCUGAUCAAUCUUCAGGCGGCCUUAGCACGCAGGCGCUGAUAGGCAUUGGCGUAGGCGUGGGAUGUGUGGUGGUGGGGAUUUCGGCUUACGGGAAUGGUCCUGUGAUGCCCGACAUGGUUUCGGGGCGGAGUCCGGGGCCAGACUCAUCGUGGACCUCGCCGUCCCAUACUCGCACGCCGUCAGAGCUAUGGAGCGGGACUGCAGUGAACUCGACGCCGCGGGUGUGGUCGGGACACUCGUGGUCAACAGUGGGAUAUGUUGCCGGUGGUCUGCAUCAGAGCGCUGGUGCGGACGCGUACAGUCACCAAGAUGGCAUGUGGUACCCGGCUCUUUACGAGACCAACCAUCCUGCGGGACAUGGACUUGCCGAGGCAGGGGAUCAGAGCUGGCGUAAUGGUGGUGGAGGCCUGGCAGAGCUUGAUGAGCAGACGAAGCCGUCUGAAUUGGGAUCAAAGACGUGA